CUGCCGGGCGCCGCUCGCCGCCGAGGACCGCGAGCCCGAGCCGCCCGCCGGAGCCCGCCCGCCGCCCCGCCAUGGCGAUCGCAAGGCAAGUGCUUUGUCUCUCCGCUCUCCUCUCGCUGCCGCACGCUCGCUCCCAGCCCCUGCGCUACUUCGUGGCUGAGGAGGCGCCGAGCGGCUCGCUCGUAGCCGACGUGGCCGAGGACGCGGGGCUGGCCCCGGCGCAGCUCUCGGCUCGCCGCGCCCGCCUGGCCUCGGAGGACGGCCGGCAGCGCUUGCGCUUGGACCGCGCCACCGGCCGCCUCGUCGUGGCCGAGAGGCUCGACCGGGAGGAGCUGUGCGCCCAGGCGCCCGCCUGCACGCUGCCCUUCGAGCUGCUGCUGGCCGACCCGCUGCAGUUCCUGCGCAUCGAGGUGGCCGUGCGGGACAUCAACGACCACUCGCCCCGUUUCCCGGACGAGCAGGUCACGCUUAAGAUAGCGGAGAACAGCAACCCGGGCUUGCGUUUCGCGCUGGUGGGGGCUCGGGACCGGGAUAUUGGCAUCAACAGCGUCCAGUCUUACAGCAUCUCUCCCGAGAACGAGUACUUUAGUGUGUCUUUUGGAAGUCGGAUUCAGGAAAAGAAGUAUGUUGAACUGGUUUUGGAAAAGCCUCUAGAUAGAGAGGAGCAGGCAGAGAUGGGUUUCAGUCUCGUCGCAGUGGACGGAGGCUCUCCACCAAGGAGCGGAACAACUCAAAUUCACAUUGUCGUUCUGGAUGCAAAUGAUAAUGCUCCCAUAUUCACACAGGAGCUGUAUGUUGGUCAGGUUUUGGAAAGCGCUCCCGAGGGCUCUGUGGUUCUGAGUGUGGUGGCAACUGAUCUGGAUGCAGGUUCUAAUGGAGACAUCUCUUACCAGUUCAGCCAAGAGGUGGACCAGAGCGAAUCAGCAUUUUUUAUUGACCCCAAGAAUGGUGAAAUUAAACUCACAAAGCCUCUGGACUUUGAGGAAGCUGAGAAACACGAGCUCACUGUGCAAGCCACGGAUGGGGGAGGACUCUCAGCAAUCUGCAAGGUGUUUGUGGAGGUUGUGGAUGUGAAUGACAAUGCACCAGAGCUGGUGGUGAGUUCUUUCAGCAGCCCCCUGCCUGAGGAUGCGUUACCAGGCACCGUGGUUGCCUUCUUCACUGUCAGGGACAGGGAUGCUGGUGUCAAUGGGAAGAUCACCUGUACCCUUGACGACCAGCUAUCAUUUUCCCUCCGGCCAGCCUAUAAGAAUUACUAUGAGCUGGUGACCGUGAACACGCUGGACCGGGAGGAGGCAGCAAGGUAUAUCGUGAAUAUCAUUGCAGCUGAUGCAGGGUCACCUCCUCUCACCACUACACAGACCUUCACAGUGGACAUCUCUGACGUCAACGACAAUGCACCUGCCUUCAACCAGACAUCAUACACCAUGUAUGUGCGUGAGAACAAUGUCCCCACUGUUCUUGUUGGAGGUGUCAGUGCCUCAGAUGCUGACACUGGGCUCAAUGCCAAGGUGACCUAUUCCCUGGCUCCAGCUCACACCGCAGAGCAGCCUCCCUGCUCCUGCAUCUCUGUGAACUCUGAGAAUGGGCACAUGUUUGUGCUGCGUCCUCUGGACUAUGAGCAGCUGAAGAAGAUCGAGGUCUUGGUGAUUGCCUCUGAUUCAGGGUCUCCUCCCCUCAGUGCCAACGUCACUGUCCGCCUUGUUGUGGUGGAUGAGAAUGACAAUGCCCCACUGGUGCUGCACCCAGCCCAGGACGGCAGCCCAGCAUCCAGCGAGCUGGUGCCCAUGUCGGCUGAGGCGGGGUACCUGGUCACCAAAGUGGUGGCUGUUGAUGUUGACUUGGGGCAGAAUUCGUGGCUGUCAUACCACCUGCUGAAGGCCUCUGACCCGGGGCUGUUUGUGGUGGGUGCCCAAAGUGGGGAGGUGCGUCUGAGGAGGCCAGUGACAGAGAGAGAUGCAGUGAAGCAGAAGCUUGUCAUCCUGGUGCGAGACAACGGGCGGCCACCACUGUCAGCCACGGCAGCACUGAACGCACUCCUGCUGAAUGAUUUCUCGGACGUGCGCCUCCCACACAGCAGCCUGACCAUGGAGGUUGAGGAUGAUUCCCUGACAAUCUAUUUAAUCAUUUCCUUGGUCUUUGUGUCUCUGCUCUUUCUUGCAUCCAUAGUGGCCAUCGUCGCUUUCAAGGUGUGCAAGAGAAAGGAUCUGACGGAUGGCCAUGUGAUUUACGCUGACAACAAUUUGCCAAGCAACCUGGCUGAUGCAGCCUCUGCAGGGACCCUGCCGCAUCCCUAUUGCUAUGAGAUCAGCCUCACGACGGGCUCAGGCAACAGUGAGUUCAAGUUCUUGAAACCCAUCCUGCCCAGCCUGCCACCACAGCACUGUGCCAUGAGCGGGGGCACUGACGAUGAACAGGAUUUCUCCCAAGACCCCAUCACCACUGAGGAUGUGGCACCAGAGAACGCAGGGAUGGUCUCUGCAGAACAGUUCAAUAGUCUUUCCGUUGAUUAGGAUGGAGUCAGUGCAGCCAAAGGCUUCAGGCCUGGUGAUAGGAAGGGCUCUUGGCUACAAGAUAUGGCAAUGGUUCCUCUGGAGUUAAUCUGCAUUUGCAUUUAGCAUAAUUAUUUCUCUCAAAUUCUAACUCAGAAAAAAUUUGGUCACCCUCUCCUCAGUACAAAGGAAAGUCAUAAAAUACUCCCUCAGUCAGGUAACAACAUUUCUGAUUUUUCAUAGCUGUUUCUGAGAUGCUUCAAGAAAGUUUUUUCCAGUGCUCCGGCCUAGUUAUUGUCCCCACUGAUGUUGGGCAAGGCCAGGGACCUCUUAUUCUUUGCUUAUUUUGCUAUUCUUAUAUGGUGAAAAUGUUGGGCAGACAAAUCACAUCCUUGCUUAAAUGCACAUAGCCACAAUUCUGCAUCAGAAAAGCAAGGAGGUUGUGAAUCCUAUGUUAUAAUGUGCUGCAUGCUUGGGUAUGCUUCUUCUCUGGGGUCUGGCUGUCUCUGUCUCUGAGAUGUGAGGGCUCUGUGUGUUUUGCCUUCUGAUCACUCUGUCUGCCCUUCCAGUCAUUGCGUGACUGCAUACACCGCACAAAGGCUGCCCAGCGAAGCAGGGAGCUGCUCAUGUGCAGUUAUUGUGGUGCUUAGCAAGCUGGAAUCACUGUCUGAUUUUUUGAGAAUCAAAUUUUCUUCUUCUCUAGCAGUAAAAUGCAUGAGAUCUUUCUUUGGCCCAUAAAAGGCUGAAAGUGGGGCUGUGUCCUUUAGAUUUCCUUUGAAAUACAGCAGUAGUAAUAGUAUUGGGGUGGGAUGGGAUGAGAUAGGUUAGAAUAGAAUACCAUGCCAUAUUUUAAUUGGAAGGGACCUACAAAGAUCAUCUGAUUCAACUCCCAGACCACUUCAGGGCUAACCAGACGUCAAAGCAUAUAAUGAAGGGUAUUGUCCAAAUGCCUGUUGAACACUGACAGGGAUGAAGCAUAGACCAACUCUGUAGGAAGCCUUUUCCAGGGUUUGACCACUCCCUCUGUAAGGAAAUGCUUCCUCAUGUCAAGCGUGAACCUCCCCUGACACUGCUUUGAUCUAUUCCCAUGUGUCCUAUCACUGGAUAUGCGGGAGAAGAGAUAAGUGCCUGCCUCUCCCAGCCUCCUUUUCUCCAAACUAGGAAGACACAAGUCCUUAGCUACUCCUCAGUGGACAUUCCUUCCAGCCCUGUCACCAGCCUUGUAGACCCCUCUGGAUGCAUUCCAGUACGUUAACAUCCUUCUUAAGCAGAGAGGCCAGAACUGCACACAGGACUCAAGGCAAGGCUGUAACAACGCUGAAUAGAGCAGGGUAAUGUCCUCUUCGACUGGCUGGUUAUGCGGUGUUUUAUGCUCCUCCACCCGCGAUGCAGUUUGCAUACUGACUGCCAGGACACCGCUGACUCCUGUUGAGCUGCUGCCCACCAGGUCCCUUUCCUCAGGGCUGCUCUCCAUCCACUCCUCUCCCAGUAUAUACUUGUGCCUGGCUUUAGUAAUUCCCAGGUGUAGAAUCUGGCAUUUAAACUUGUUAGAUUUUAUGCCAUUGGUGACUGUUCCAGGUUCCAGUGUAUCCAGAUCCCUCUGCCAGGCCUCCAGUGCUUUAAGACAGUCAACAGUGCCUCCCAGUUCGAUAUCAUCAACAAACUUGAUAAUGGGGCGUUCUACUCCUGCAUCUCCUUCUGCUCUGUGAAGCGUUUGAACAUUGUCUUACCUAUUCCUCUGAAGAAGGACUCUCAACCCAACUGUAAAAAUGGAUUGUUUGAAUGAAGGCAGUGUGGCAUGGAAUAUUCGGAAACCCUCCUGCUGUGCUGCAGUUAUAAACUGUACUGUUGUAAACUGGGAUAGCCUUGUGUAUAACAGUGAAAUAAAGAGAACACAUGAAUGCCUUGUGUGGAAAAAGCAGUCUUUGUAGAGAUGCUCCUCCUAGGAGAGUUCUGUGAGUGUGAGAAAGUCAAGAGGGUACAUUUCUUCAUUUUGGAGAAACAGCCAACACAACAUCCAGGAAAAUAAUGGGAUUUGCUGUCAGGCCUCUGCAGGUGUUCAGGGCACUGAGCUUCUGGCUGUUACAGGACCAAUUGGAUCCAGGUCAUGGGAACUUGGUCCCUCCCCUAAGAGGGGCCCUGGGUGUGCAAAGGCCUCUGCAAAACUGUAAGGUGGAGGCCUGAAAUUCCCAACUCUCCUGACAUCUCCAUCUGGGGGUGGCAUCUGGGAGGUGUUUGAGUACAAAGUGUUUGUGACACUAAAGAUGUAGGAGUUUCAGAAGAUGGAUUGCACAUAGAGAGCAUACUGUUCUUAUAUGGAAGAACUUGGGGGAGUGUCUGGAGGUGGGCAUUUGGUGAGCAAAUCCUUCUACCAGGGAGAGACUUUCUUGCAAGAACUGCAGGGGGAUGCAGCUGUCUAUUCCACAAAAGGGCUCUAAUAAAAGCUAAGUUGAGCUGGUCUGGGAAAGAACGCUGUGCACUGAGGAGUGGAUGAUCUGCUGUUAAGUUAACCAGAGUCAUAGAGUCAUUUAGGUUGGAAAAGACCCUGGACAACAUUGAGUACAACCAUUACCAUAGCACUACCAAGUCCACCACUAAACCACGUAGCUAUAUGCCAUGUCCAGGGAUGGUGACUCAGCCAGUUCCCUGCGCAGCCUCAUGAGCCACCCUUAGAGCCCUCAGCCAGUUCUUCACGCACUGCACCAUGGAUGUGCUCAUCUCACAGUUGGACAAAGUGUCCAGAAGGUUGCUGUGAGGCACAGUAUCAAAUGUUAAAACCCAGAAAUACUACAUCCACCACCUUCCCGUUGUCCAUGAGGCAAGUGAACCGUCAUAGCAGCAUAUCCAAUUAUUUUGAAGAGGGGUUUGCUUUUCUGAGUAGAAUUUGACUCUAUCCAGUAUUUGCAUUAUUCUUUAAAUGCAUUUCAGUACUACCCGCUAUGAUUUUCUCCAUGAUUUUUCCAGGCACUGAGGAUAUAUGAAUAUAAUAUAUGCAUAAUAUAUGAAAUUAUAUACACAGGACUAUAAUUUCAAACUGGCUAAGUCUGUGAAAGAUAAUAAAAGAUCUUUCUAAAACUGCAUUAAAAUGCUCUGCAAAGGGAUCUGAACAAGCUGGACCGCUGGGCUGAGGCCAAUGGCAUGUGGUUUAACAAGGCCAAACGCCGGGUCCUGCACUUGGGGCACAACAACCCUAUGCAGUGCUACAGACUGGGGGAGGAGUGGCUGGAGAGCUGCACAGAGGAGAAGGACCUGGGGUAAUGGUUGACAGCCGACUGAACAUGAGCCAGCAGCGUGCCCAGGUGGCCAAGAAAGUCAAUGGCAUCUUGACUUGUAUCAGAAACGGUGUGACCAGCAGGUCCAGGGAGGUUAUUCUCCCUCUGUACUUGGCACUGCUGAGACCGCACCUUGAGUACUGUGUUCAGUUCUGGGCCCCUCACCACAAGAAGGAUGUUGAGGCUCUGGAGCAUGUCAAGAGAAGAGCAAUGAAGCUGGUGAGGGGGCUGGAGAACAAGUCUUAUGAGGAGCUGCUGAGAGAGCUGGGGUUGUUUAGCCUGGAGAAGAGGAGACUGAGGGGAGACCUUAUUGCUCUCCACAACUAUCUGAAAGAGGUUGUGGAGAGGAAGGAGCUGGGCUCUUCUCCCAAGUGACAGAGGACAGGA